AUGUUAAAGAGAUACCAUUACGCAAGAAGAAUACGGCUUAACCAUAUCAGAGAUCUGAAUCAAAAGAGAUUUAUUGUAUCGAACUAUGAUGAUCCUAAUGAUGUGAACUAUGGGCAAAUGACAGACUACCUCAGAGAAAAAGGAGUGCCACUUCUUUUACAAGAGAAUUUGAAAGAGGAAACUUUAGAUGAUGCGAUUGUUUUGAGAUUGUUACCAAGCACUCAUCCGUAUAUUCCUAAUUUACAUGGAAUAUUACAGUAUAAGACCUCUAUGAAUGCCAUAAGGCUAAUCAUGAGGAAAUUUGUACUAGAAGAAAACUCUAGGUUGAAAGUGUUGUCUUCAAGAAGGAUUAGAGGUGAUGAUGACCAGAUCAAAUAUCAAUGCAAUAUUUCACCAUACCUAACAAAUCAUGAUAAAUUAUUAAUUAGAUGGCAAAGCUGUCUUCCACAAACUGCAGGUACAGUUGAACCAGAUGAGGAAGACAUGAACAAAACGAUAUCAUUCUCCAGCAAUGAUGUACUUAGAACCCAAACUAGUUCUGGAGAAUCACCUAUAUUAGAUUACAUUUUACAAAAACCUGCUAAGACAAUUAGUACACUUGCUCCUAACGUUCUGUCUAAACAUAUUACCUUAGGGAAUCGUAUUAGUGCAAUGAAUAAUGACGAUUCUCUAGAUAAUGAAUACACACGUAUAGUCAAUGGCACAUUUGUUUUUGAAUUCAACGAGGAUAACAGUAAGAUACUAGUUCAUACGAUCGAAAAUGUGGAGCUAAUUGAUUAUGAACGGAAAAUCAAUGUACCAAAAAAUGCAUUUGCUUGUUAA